UACCAAUAUGUGAUUGGAACGGUAUAAAAACACAAGCCGCUGGCAUCUAGAGUUAUCGUUAUAUUUUCAUGUUUUUGAAAACGAUAUUACUGACGGUAUGCGGAUAGAUAAACCAUGAUAAAAAUAAUUAGGUGAAGAAAACAUUUUUCUUGAAUACAGAUCACAAAGUUACAUUUUAUUCCAGGGAGUUUGAAAAACGAGUGGAAAAUAUGGUUACACGAUGACUUAAAACAGGUUAUAUACCUUUAACAUAUUGCAAGCCAAGACACUGCACAUACGUAAAUUGGAUAUUAAACAUGGCGAACGAAAGCGUCAUUGACAUUUUACGGCACAUGCGCAAUGACAGUUUUGAAAUCGCAACAGCAGAUCCGUCAAUUUUAAAAGCAGCUGCAGAUGUGGAUAAAAUUAUCUCACCAAUAUUGUAUGUGUUUGGUUUUCCCGGAAAUGUAUUGGCAAUUAUCGUCUGGUUACAGCCGCGCAUGCGCCACUCUUCUGGAACAUACCUUGCAGCUCUAGGGUUCGUUGACCUGAUAUUUAUGGUGAUACAUGUCAUGUUUGAAAUAUACAAAGUAUGGGGCGUCCAAAUGUUUGAUGCACCCGGGAUCUGUGAGCUACUUCCCAUUGUCUAUAUGGCGACACAAUAUUUAUCUCCAUUGCUUGUACUUGGUUUUACAGUCGAACGGUUCAUAGGAGUGCAAUUUCCUUCGAAAAGACAAAUAUAUUGCACAAUAUCUCGUGCCAGAAUAGCAAGUUGUGCUUUGGCGUUGGUUGCUCUUGGCAUAGGAUCCAUGCAGGGGUACAUUUAUAAGUACAAUUCUGAGCAUGAUUUCUGUGGCAUAAGGGAGUCCGCAGUGAGAGGUGGACAUUCGUCUCUCUGGUCUAUAUGGACAUGGAUAACAGAGAUGCUGGUGUUUAUGUGUGUACCAUUGCUGAUUCUUUUGUUCAACGUACUGAUAAUCAAACAAAUUAGGCGGUUGGCAGAAGUCGAAAAGAGCUACGGUGCUAAAGCGCAGACGACAACAUUUUCACUGUUGGUGGUUUCUUUUUACUUCAUUGUGACGACGUUUCCAGUGUCGAUCGUUUAUGCGAUCAGAUAUUAUUAUGUACCGUCUGAUGGAACAGUCGCUGCUGUCCCGCAACAAGAAGCAAAAUACAUGCUUGCGAAGACCAUUAUAGAGGAAAUUGGUACCACACACCACGCCUGUAAAUUCUACAUUUUCUUGAUAACAGAACAAGCUUUCCGGCGGGAAUUUUUACGCGUAGUUGCAAAAGUGUUACCAAUAUCACGAGAUAAAAUGGGAUACGAACAACAAACGGAAGUAACCGCACACACAGAAUGGAAUGAAGCAGAUAUGGGCGAGGCUGGUGACCCGGAUGAAACGGACAUGUAGCUAAAAUGCUAACUCACAGACUUUGUAAAUAUUCUAAUAUCUUUAUAUACCUAUUAUUUGAUAACAAAAUACAAAUCUAAUAUAAUUCGAAUCCGGUGUAGAAUUCGGUAUGGCAACUCCUGAUUUUGACAAGCAUGUUUGUUUUUGCUUUGCCAUUAUUCAAAUUCUUGACUGAUCUCACGUUUCACUUCUAUAACUGUUGGUUUCAACUAAGUGAAAUACAGCUUUGUUUUUAUGGAUAGUAAUAAUAUUGGCUGAAAUGUUCUAUGAUAAUCAAUUAAUUCAGUAACGCGAACUAAUAGAGAAUACUUGCAGGCGAGAUAAUAUAAACACAAGGAGCCUGUUGUUUUGAAACACAGGAUCGCAGUGCAUUGCUUUUAAUGUUAUGCUGUAAUUGUAAAGGUAUAACCUUUUGCGUGACUUGCUGUAGUUAUGAUAGUGUUUAAUCAAAAGAAUAUAAUGUAAUAAUAAUUUGAUAAAAAAUAAAUAUUAAUACAUUUUA